AUGAGCAAGCAGCCGGUGACACCGCAGGCGGGCGGCGGGGACGGCGCCAUCGGUGCUCGCGGAGCCGAUGCGGCGCCGCCUCAUCCGGGGACCGGCCGCAUUCGCUUUGCAACAGUGCAGAGCGACGGUGCCAGGGACACUGCCCGGCCCCAGGUGCGCACAGAGCCCCCCAGGCCGACCUACAAGCCUGUGUCACAGAGGAGACAAGAGCCGGCGGCCGACGAGCAGGCACAGGUGUACGGACAGAACCCGCUCGGAGGCGGCCUGGAGGAACCGCCGGCGUCAAAACCAACGCGGCGCUGGGGUAGCCGUGCCUGGCUGGGAGGAGCUGCACCGCCGCAGGCGGCAAGUCACUCCGCAGCAGCGGGAGGGGCGCUGCCACCACGGGGCAGCAUCCCCAGCCCCGGAACAGCUGCGUCGCCGACCGGUGACGUCCCCGACUCGUCGGGAGGAGCACCGGCACCGCAACUACCCCGGCCGGGUGGCCUGAAGACCAAUAAGACCAUCGAGCGCGUCAGCAAGCUGCAGAACGAGACGGCACCGCUACCGCCACGGCGCGGUGGCCCUCAAUGUCCAUUAAGACCAUCGAGCGCGUCAGCACGCUGGAGCCGAUGCCGGGUGGGAGUGGGAGUCCAGCGCCGCCGCCGCAAGCGCAUGGUGUGCCUCAGCAUCCGCAACCGAAGCCGGAGCCACGUCAGCAUCAGCAGCCUGAACUGGGCGAUGCUGAGGAAGGAGAAGAACGCGAGGAAGCCACUGGCGUUCUGCUUCACCUUGUGCUGCAUCCUGUUCUGGCUUCUGGUGGUCUGCAUCGGCCUCGCCAUACUGGUGGUGUACCUCCUGUACCACCCCAAGGCGCCCCGGAUCCACGUGAGCACGGCCACCCUCAACGCCGGGUACAUCGACGAGCUCCCGCCGCCGCACCUGGGCAAGGCGCUCAACUCCGACCUCUACGUGCUGGCGGCCAUCUACAACCCAAACACCAAGGUCGACGUCGUCCUGCGCUACAUGCAGCUGGACCUCUACUUCCAGGGGAGGCUGAUCGGGACGCAGGCGGUGUGGCCGCCGCUGUACCAGAAGCCCGGCGACUCCGCCCUCCGGAGCGUGCACCUGGUGGUCAGCGAGGUGGUCAUGACGCAGGACGACGCCGAGGUGUGGAAGAACGUCACCACCGGCGGCGGCCUCGUGGAGAUGCACCUCCAAGGCAAGUUCUACGUCCAGCUCAACUUCGGCCGCUGGCUCCCGUUCAGGUACACGGUCAGGCCGAUUUGCGCGCUCUGGCUCGACCCGCCGCCGGCGGGCGCCCUCCGCAGGGCGCGCUGUUCAAAUCGCUAA